AUCCAUUUCAAUGGUGCAGCUUUCCCAAGCCCCUUUCCGUCGCCUAUCAUCACCUUCAGGCCGGUCAGAGGAGGGGGAGGAUAAGAGCAUGAAGGCGGCCAAGCAGCAGGUGAACCCGUCUGGGGAGAACCAACCUCCCUCCAGCCCCCUGCAGUCUGCGCUGAACUCGGCAGCCUCUCCUUCCCAGGCAUAUGAGACUUACAUUGAUAAUGGGCUUAUCUGCCUCAAACACAAGAUCAGGAACAUUGAGAAAAAGAAGCUCAAACUAGAAGACUACAAAGAUCGCCUGAAGAAGGGAGAAGCCCUCAAUCAAGACCAGUUGGAGGCAGUAGAGAAAUAUGAUGAAGUAGUACACAACUUGGAAUUUGCCAAGGAGCUUCAGAAGACUUUUUCAGGACUUAGCCAAGAUCUGCUGAAAGCACAGAAGAAGGCACAACGAAGAGAGAGUCUAUUGAAGCUUGAAGCAGAGAAGAAAAAACUGCGUACAAUACUUCAAGUCCAGUAUGUGCUGCAGAACUUCACUCAAGAGCAUGUUCAGAAAGAUUUCAAAGGUGGUGUGAAUGGUGCAAUAUACUUGCCUUCUAAAGAACUAGACUACCUCAUAAGAUUUGCGAAACUGACUUGUCCAGAAAGAAAUGAGAACUUGAGUGUUGAAGACCAGAUGGAACAAUCAUCUCUUUACUUCUGGGACCUUCUAGAAGGAAGUGAGAAACCUGUGGUUGGAACAACAUAUAAACACAUGAAGGACCUGUUAUCCAAACUUCUAGACUCUGGCUACUUUGAAAGUAUUCCGACUCCUCGCACCACUGUGCCAGUAAAAGAAUUGGAAGAAGCAAAUAGAAAACCUGAGAGAACAAGACAGAUGUCAAAAGGAGAGUCUGUCAAAGAACCAGAAUCCCUUAUGGAGCUUAUGAAGUCUGAAAUACAGCCACAGGAGUUUCUCAACAGGCGUUAUUUGCCUGAAGCAGAAUACUCUGUCAAGAAGAAGCCAGAAGAGCCCAAAUCUUGGGAAGCUGAGAGUGCUAGAAAGCAAGAACCUCCAAAGUCCUGGGAAAUGCUUGUUGAUAUUGAAGAGCAGAAACAAGAGACCUUAAAGCCUUGGGAAGCUCGUGUUAGGCAGCAAGAACCAAAAAGACCAGAUUCUCCAAAGCCUUGGGAAGCUCGUGUUAAAGAGGAGGAACAGAAGCGUGAGUCUACAAAGCCCUGGGAGACCCGUGUUGAGGAGGAAGAACAGAAGAAGCAAGAAGCUCCAAAGGCCUGGGUAGCACGUGUCCGAGAGGAGCAGGAGACCCCCAAACCUUGGGUAGCAAAGGUUAGGGAAGAGCAGGACCAGAAGAAACAGGAAUCGCCGAAGCCAUGGGUAGCUAAGGUUAGAGAAGAGCAGGAACAGAAAAAGCAGGAGUCCCCAAAAACUUGGGUAACCAAAGUUAAGGAAGAACCAGAACAAAAGCAGGAAUCUCCAAAACCUUGGGUAACCCAAACUAGGGAGCAACCAGAACAAAAGAAGCCAGAGCCUGUGAAAUCAUGGGGAAUGCCUGUUAGGGAAGAGCCAGAGCAAAAGAAGCAGGAGCCUGUGAAGGCUUGGGCUGCACAUGUUAGGGAGGAGCCAGAACAAAAGAAGCAGGAGACUCGAGAGGCUUGGGAAAAAGCUGACAGGCAGCAGCAAGUGCCAUCACAGCAGUUACAGAACCCUCCGAAGUCCUGGGGAGCUGCAAGUGUUGGGCCAAAGAAGUUUGAUAUGGAACCCAAAGAAGAGUCCAUUCUGGAUUUUGAUAAAGCUUCACCAAGUGCCAUUGGUUCAUCCCAACCACCUUCAGUUACUCCAGCAAGUAGUCCUGUAGCUUCAAAAGAACAGAAGCUGCCAAGUCAGAGUGAUUUUCUUCAACAGCCCCUUCAAGCUGCUGCUUCAUCCAUGACACUGCAUGGUUCAAAUACUUCCCUAGCAUCUGCUGAUCAGACUCUUUCUGGCUCUGAAACUGAAGACUUGGUGACACCACAGACACCACAGGCAACUGUUCCCCUCCCAAGUGAGCCACAGUCACCAUUGCCUACUUCAAGCACCUCCAUGUCACCAGUACCACCAGCGCAGAGCUUUCAGUCUCCUCCAGCAAGUAGCAGUUCUGUCACAAUAACAGCAGCUCCUUUUCAGGCUAUGCAGACUGUAUUUAAAGUAAAUGCACCACUGCCUCCACGUAAAGACCAGGAAAUUAAAGAGGAUUCUUCAUAUUCAGCGGGAUAUAAUCAGAGUUUCUCUACAGCAAGUACACAGACUCCUCCUCAAUGCCAGUUGCAAUCUUCUCAUGUUGCAGAACAAACAUCUCUUUCACAAGAAUCUCUAUCUUCAGUGAAUUAUCAACCUGAUGGAGCUGUUCCUGUUAGCAAUGGUAGCCUUGCCUUUUAUCCAGCACAGACUAAUGUUAUUCCCAGACCCCCUCAGCCUUACCUUAACAGUCGUGGGUCUGUCAGAGGAUCUGCUAGAGGUGGAAGGUCACUGGCUAAUUCAUAUCGUUCCCCUGGUGGGUACAAAGGUUUUGAUGCUUACAGAGGCUCACCUUCAAUAACUAAUGGCAACUAUGGCCAGCUGCAGUUCCCUGGUAGAGAUUAUGCUGGAAUGCCAUAUUCUCAGAGGGAUGUUAAUUACCAGCAGUGCUAUAAACGAGGUGGGAUAACUAGUGGUCCUCGAGCAAAUUCAAGAGCAGGGUGGAGUGAUUCCUCGCAGGUGAGCAGCCCAGAACGGGACAAUGAAACCUUUAACAGUGGGGACUCUGGACAGGGAGACUCCCGCAGCAUCACCCCUGUUGAUAUGCCAGUGACAAGCCAAGCUGCCACCAUACUACCAGUGCACGUCUACCCCCUGCCACAGCAGAUGAGAGUUGCCUUCUCUGCUGCUAGAACAUCUAACUUGGCCCCUGGAACUCUAGACCAGCCAAUUGUGUUUGAUCUGUUGCUGAACAACCUUGGAGAAACUUUUGAUAUACAGCUUGGUAGGUUCAACUGUCCAGUGAACGGUACAUAUGUCUUCAUCUUCCACAUGCUGAAAUUGGCUGUAAAUGUUCCCCUGUAUGUGAAUCUAAUGAAGAAUGAAGAGGUCCUAGUGUCAGCAUAUGCAAAUGAUGGGGCUCCUGAUCAUGAAACAGCUAGUAAUCAUGCAGUCCUGCAGCUGUUCCAGGGAGAUCAGAUCUGGUUGCGUCUGCAUCGGGGAGCCAUCUAUGGAAGCAGCUGGAAAUACUCCACCUUUUCGGGAUACCUCCUUUAUCAGGACUAAAAUCCAGUGUGAUGUUUACAAAAGAGCUGCUCCAAACACCUUGGUGGAGGGGGGUGGGACUAGCUUUGCACUUACUACUGACUUUAUAGAAGAUAUGUGGUUCCAUUAUUGGGGGAAAUGAUGGUCCUGUUGUGCAAGGUGAAAUCAUGGAGUUGGGGUACUGAAUCAGCACUAAUUUGGCACUUUAUCAGUUGUGAUGUAGCCUUGCUAAUAAAGCUGUGAAUGUAUAUUGUUUGCACUUACCCUAAACUGUGUUAAUGUCCAGCUUACUACACUAUUGAUUGCCUCAAGUAUGGGCUAUUCACAAUGCCUUGUUGUGCCUCAAUAAAACAAGUUAAUAUGCAUUUUAG